AUGCCAGUAGCGAGUUUUCAGCCUAACGCGCCAGGUUCCAACAGAAAACGAAAAAGAUCCCAACUCGUAAAAACAAAGAUCAUCAGGCGAAAUGAGCACUCGAGGCAUCUGGAGGACCUCGAAAAAAGGAUCGCCACCCUGGAGGUCGAUGCCGCUUCUGGCACCUUUGCAGACAUGCCCCUCUCGGACGCCACCAAGAAAGACAUUCAAGCAAGAAGUUUACCGUACUCUCUGCAAGGCAAGGACGUUUUGGGAGCGGCGAGGACUGGAAGUGGAAAAACUCUAGCUUUCCUCAUCCCUGUUCUGGAAAAUCUCUUGCGAAAUAAGUGGGGUCCCCAAGAUGGCCUGGGAGCUCUGAUUAUAUCUCCUACUCGCGAACUUGCUAUGCAAAUAUUCGAUGUCCUGCGUAUCAUUGGUUGUUUCCAUACCUUCUCCGCUGGUCUAGUUAUUGGUGGUAAAAAUCUUAAGGAGGAGAGCGACCGCCUCUCUCGCAUGAAUAUUCUAGUGGCCACCCCAGGUCGCCUUCUACAACAUCUUGAUCAAACU